UUCGGCACGCGGGGGCCGCCGGGAGCUGUGUGCGCCCGGCCUGGCCAGUCAGCGCCGCGCUGCCCGCCCCGCACUCGGAACCCACAGCCGCCGCCCAGGGGGAUGCGGGAGCCCCUGGUUUCGGGGAGCAGAGAGGCAGGCGGGGUGAGGGGCGUUGCCAGGCAACGAGCGAGCGCCGCGGUCGGGUGCCCCCAGGGCCUGCUGGCAGUUUGGGCCUCCAGAUUCCAGGCCGAGUACCUUCUUCCGUCGCCCCUAAGCAGGAGCCGAGGGCGAGGGCGGCAUGUCCCAGGCCCCAGGAGCACAGCCGAACCCGCCCUCCGUUUAUCACGAACGGCAACGCCUGGAGCUGUGUGCCGUCCACGCCCUCAACAACGUCCUGCAGCAGCAGCUCUUUAGCCAGGAGGCUGCCGAUGAGAUCUGCAAGAGGUUGGCCCCAGACUCCCGGCUGAAUCCCCAUCGCAGCCUCCUGGGCACCGGCAACUAUGACGUCAACGUGAUCAUGGCCGCCCUGCAAGGGCUGGGCCUGGCCACCGUGUGGUGGGACAGAAGGAGGCCCCUGUCCCAGCUGGCCCUGCCCCAGGUGCUGGGACUGAUCCUGAACCUGCCAUCACCCAUGUCUCUGGGGCUGCUGUCCCUGCCAGUGCGCCGGCGGCACUGGGUGGCCCUCCGCCAGGUGGAUGGCAUCUACUACAACCUGGACUCCAAGCUGCAGGCGCCCGAGGUCCUGGGGGACGAGGAUGGCGUCAGGGCUUUCCUGGCGGCCGCGCUGGCUCAGGGCCUGUGCGAGGUGCUGCUGGUGGUGACCAAGGAGGUAGAGGAAAAGGGCUGCUGGCUGCGGACAGACUGACCCUGCGGAGGAGGGAACCAGGCCACCCGUCCGUCCGGGCGGUCCCUGCGCACCCGCGUCCGGCCCCAGAGCACCGAGGAAGGACUAGGCCCCGCACCUCCUGGACCCCGCGGAGGCCCCAACCCCUGCUCUGCACCCCCCUGCUCCUCAAGGCCGCAGCUGCCUCAAUAAAUCUGCUCAUUUGCUCCCA